AUGCAGGCAAACUGGAGAGUAUACGCUGUUUCGCUCUUUGCCGCCAUUGGUGGUUUCUGUUUUGGUUAUGAUACCGGUGUCUUGAGUGGUGUGUUGACGAUGGAACAUUUCAUCUACACCAUGCGUGGACGCUCGUUUUUGACACCGCUGGAAACUGGUACGCUUACAGGUUUGCUGCUGGCUGGCUGCUUUGUAGGUGCUCUCAUUGCAGGUCAAUCUGCUGAACUUCUUAGCCGAAAGCGCACAAUCAUUCUUGCUUCUUGUGUCUUCAUGGUUGGCUGUGCCAUCCAAACUGCUGCUAACGGCUACGCAAUGAUGGUUGUUGGCCGUGCCAUUGCUGGUCUCGGUGUCGGUUCUCUAUCCAUGGUUGUACCUCUUUAUCAGUCCGAGUUAGCACCCAAGGAAAUUCGUGGUCGACUCAUCUCGUUGCAACAGUUCAUGAUUACCGCUGGUCUCAUGGUAUCAUUCUGGUGCGGUGCAGGUACUCAAUAUCUUGAGGGUCAGGCUUCAUGGCGUAUCCCUAUUGGUAUCCAAAUUGCCCCCGGUUUUGUCUUGGCCGUUGGUGCAAUCUUUUUGCCUUACUCUCCACGUUGGUUGAUCAGCAAGGGUCGCAACGAAGAAGCUUUGACCGUCCUUGCAAACCUGCAUGCUGGUGGCGACCGCAGUUCACCCAUUGUGAACCAAGAAUACAACGAAAUCAUUCAACAAAUUGCAUUGGAACGCAAGGUUGCCGUCACUAGCUACCUGGAAUUGUUCGCUCAGAAGAACCGCCGUCGUAUGAUCUUGGGUAUCUUUAUCCAGAUCUUCCAACAGUUCACCGGUAUCAACAGUAUCAUGUACUAUGCUCCCCGUAUCUUCUUGCAAGCCGGUAUUGCCGAAUCGAGCGCUACCCUCAUCGCCUCUGGUGUUAACGGUGUCCUCAACAUGUUGGCUACCCUCCCUGCCGUCUUGUACUUGGACAAGUUGGGCCGUCGUGGAACGUUGAUCAGUGGCGCCGUUUUCAUGGGUACAGCCAUGUUGCUUUGUGGUAUUGUCAUGGGCGCUGUUGCAGACGUCGUGUAUAACGAAGAGACCGGCCAGAACACCGUCAUGUUGGGCCACAAUCAAAAUGCCUCCUACUUUUGCAUUGUCAUGAUUUACUUCUUUGUCGCCGGUUUCGCUUAUUCUUGGGGCCCCGUAGGAUGGGUCUACCCAGCAGAGAUUUUCCCCUUGAACAUUCGUGCCAAAGCUACCUCGUUGACCACCGCUGCCAACUGGCUCAUGAACUUUGUCAUUUCCCAAAUUGUUCCUAUUAUGCUUGCCGACAUUACCUGGGCUACCUACAUUUUCUUCGGAUGCUGCUGCUACAUCAUGACUUUCUGUGUUUGGCUCUUCUACCCUGAGACCAAGGGCAAGAGUCUUGAAGAAAUGGACCAAGUCUUUGAUGGCCCAGUCUUGGUGUACAAGCAAAAACGCUACAACGCUGCUCGCGACCUUCAAGCUGAAGAAAAGGGUAGCAUUGAAGAUAAGGAGUAA